GUCUGCGAUGUAUGUGUCUGAGAAUUUGUAGGCUAUCUAUUAUCUCCGUGAUUUAAAUUCAGAAUAAUUAUUAAUGAGUAAUACAAUAGCACUGAGAGAUGUGACUGAGAUAUUUCAUGAUUUUAGAAAGUGAACUUUAAAACAAGAUAAGCGUUACUCUAGAUUACGAUGUAGUUCAUCAUAAUAGUAGCUUACCUAGUAGACUGAAGAAAACCAAAUUUAUUGAAAAUGUUCUGUUGUAAAUUAGUAUUAAUUUCUAUGCUUUUCUAGUGUAAUUAAAAAAUGGAAGAGACCUAUUCGCUAUGGACUGGUCUGAUCUAUGUUUUCAAUUUGAUUGUUGGCACUGGAGCGCUCACUCUUCCAGCGGCUGUUUUGAAAGCAGGAUGGAUAGUUGGUAUAGCAAUGCUGUGCUUUCUUGCAAUUGUCAGUUACAUCACACUGACUUUUGUAGUGGAGGCUAUGGCUACUGCAAAUGCUAUCACCCAAUGGUACAAGAUGAAGCGUUUGAAGAGAGUAAGCCAAAAUUUAUGCAUGGUGAUAAAUCAGGGUAUAGGUGAUGAUGAUGAUGAUCAUGAUAAUGUUGAUGACGACGAUGAUGAUGUUGAGAGAAUUAAUGACGAUAAUGAUGAAAAUGAUUCCAUGCUUUCAUCCGAAGAUGCUCCUCUAUACAGUGCUGGAACUCUUCGCAACUUCCCGCCUAUGCCUGUCACAUUCUUCUCAAUUGAUGAAAAAGUUGAAAUGGGACAGAUGGCAAGAUUGUUCUUUCCAAAAGUGGGUCAAUUCCUUUUCUAUUUGACCUUCUGCUUGUACUUAUUCGGCGAUUUGUCUAUCUAUUCAGCUGCUAUUAGUAAAUCGCUUGUUGAUGUAGUUUGUGAGGCUGACCGUAAUUCAUCAUUGCUGAAAGAUAAUGAGCCCUGCUUUGAGAAUUACAAUAUCACACAAAAGACUGCUUAUAGAUUAUUUCUUAGUGCCUUCCUAGUCGUAUUUGGACCAUUCGUUUUCUUCAACGUACAAAAGACAAAGUAUCUGCAGAUUCUUACAUCUCUAACAAGAUGGCUAGCGUUCACCUCAAUGAUAGCCCUAGCCAUCCGGCGCCUUCUAUCGCCGUCACUGCCUCAUGGUGACCCCACACCGGCGCACCUACACGGCGUCCCGACGCUGUUCGGCGCCUGCAUCUACUCGUUCAUGUGCCACCACUCCCUGCCCGGCCUGCUGGCCCCCAUCCACGCCACCUCCAAGCGCCGCCUGCUGCCAGGCUUGGCCGCCGACUAUCUGCUGAUUCUGCUGUUCUACCUGACGCUGGUGCUGACCGGCAUUUUCGCGUUUCCCGACCUGCAGCCGCUGUACACGCUCAACUUCACGCCGCGACCCGGUGACAGCGGCUACUUGAGGGCCGUCGACUACUUCCUCGCGCUCUUCCCUGUCUUCACAUUGUCCACCAGCUUUCCUGUCAUCGCUGUCACAUUGAGGAGUAACUUGCAGGCUCUGCUAUCUCCCAGCACUCCUUAUUGCAUCCGUCAAAUCAUUGUACCAGCUUUCGGUGUGAUUGCGCCUGUCCUAUUGGCUGUGGUUGUUGAUGACGUCAAUACUCUGGUUGGUUUCACUGGAUCCUACGCUGGAACAGGAAUCCAAUAUCUGAUUCCAGCAUUCCUGCUGAUUUCAGCCAAAUCAGCUGUUCCUCCUGAGCUAGCUCGUUAUAGGAAUCCGUUUGCAUCUCCUUUUAGAUCGACCACUUGGUUGGUUCUAGUUAUUUGCUGGUCAAUAGUUUGUAUCACUUUUGUCUCAAUCAAUCUGAUCAAAUAUUGAUUGAACUAGGUUUAUCAGUGAUAAUUAAUUAUCAUUCCACCAACAGUUGAAAAACUAUCUUCUAAGUCUAUAUAUUUAGCAUUUUGUUGUCUGUUAUUAUUUUUCAAGAAUGAAACUAUUAUGUAAAGGAAUUUUAUUUUUACCUCAGAAGACUAAUUUAAUGUGAAAUGUGACUAAACAAAAAGCUUUGCGCACACUACCUAGAGCACAAUAAUUACAAUUAUUGGGAAGAGUCUAUCAUCGAUUUCCGUUACAGAAAUAACCAGAGAUCCAAUGGUUCGGAAACCAUCUAAAAAUCAAGAUAUUGAUUAUCUCUCAUGAUAAUCAUCUUUGUUGCCCACGUAAAAAUUUCAUAAUUUUGUGUAUCAUUUUCAGCUAAAACACCGGAUUAGAUGAUAAAAAAUGAAAGUAUCUAUUAUUCCUCACUUGUACUGAAAUUUUUAAAGUUACUUCUAUAUAUGUCAAAGUAUUUUCGCUCCCAUUUUGUAUCUGUAUUUUCUGUUGUGAAAGUGAAAUUCCUUAAUAUCAGUGUUUUAUUAUUCUAGUGAUUCAACUGUUUCAAACUAAAUAGAUGUUAGUCUAGUCUCUUAUAUGUAUUGAACUGCAUUCGGAAUAGUAAAAAAUCGACUGAUAAUAUCAUUUAUACUCUGAAUUAAACCAGUUAUUGAGACUUGCACAAAAUAUUGUCCAUCCACUAUAUAAGUUGACAUUGGUGCUUGCAAAAUAUGUUGUAGUUAUAAUUUUCAAAUAAUAUUCUGUUUGGAUACACAUAAGAAGUCCAGAACCAAUUUUUCCCUGCAAAAUGCCCUUGUGCUAAAUUCAGGGUAUCCCAAAAACUUCGAAUUAGUCCAUUAGACAUUAAAAAGAAAAAAUCAUUCUCACCUUUUAUUUAGAUACCUAAUUUAAUUUUGGAUGAAAUAGAAUCAUCCACUUAUAUCUAUAUUCAAUAAGUAGUACUGAGUAAAGAAAAAACAGUGCUUUUUAAUUUAUCAAUGUAUGCAUUUAUUCAUCUAUCUAUUUAUUUACAUAGGAAAUUUACACAAAUCAUAUUAUGAAUGAUCAAAUUAUGAAAUCAUAAUCAACGAAUUGUUUUAAUUGCUUCCAAUUACUUAAAUACAUAAUGUUUAUAAUACCAAAAUGGGCAUAUUGUAUCCUCUACAGUUUUAGUCUGAAACCAAUAUCACUUAUUAUUUUUAAAAAGGAAGCCUAUAGUUUUCAAAUAAAAGUUAUUUGUACUAAAGUCUGGUUUACACGAAACGAGAUUUCUUCAUAUUGAUUUAUAUAGGUUCUACAUAUUUGUCAAAAACAUUGAUUUGAGUUGAAAGGCAAGGAGCCUAGCGCUUGAUUCGAAUUACUCUAAGCUGUUCCUUUUCUAUCUUGUACAAUAUUGGUCUGCAAAUUUGUUUAGAAUCAAGUUAGUUAUACUUCCUCCCAGUUGUUUGUUCUGUCCUAACAAUCACUUGUAUAAAUUAACACUUUUAAAAAAGUACUUCUCCUGCAGAAAAUAUUGGCUCCCUAAAUUAUCUUUUAUCAUUGUAGAAAAGUUUUUUCAAAUAACGUUUUAUAUUUUAGAAUAUUGUUAUAUUGUUUCCUUUGUAUUGUUUUCAAUUUUCCCUGUGAUAAAACUAUAUUCCAGUCUAGAAAGGUUGUUUAGACAGAACAAGUAGCUUGGAGCUUGUAACUAGGUUCCAUAUUGGGUUGACUAUUGUAAAAAAAGAAGCUUUGAAGGGAAAGUCCACUUGUCAUCUAACUAGCAUUAUGUAAACCAGAAGUCGACCAAAAUCGGUUUUUAGGAUUAUAAUGUAAUUAAAAAAAAAAACCAUAAUAUGUUCUGUAAUACUGUAUGUUGAACAUUUUUUCAAGUUGUUGUAUCUUAAUAAAUGUUGUAACAGGAACCUUCCUCGCAUUUUCGUACAGAAAAUGGAAUAAGUCUUCUUUGUAUUUUCAAUGUUUCAAAAAUGUAAUUGUAAUUUUUAAAUGUUUGAUAUGUCUUAGUUCUUACAUGAUAACUUUGAAUAAGACUUCUUCAGCUUAAUGUUUUUAUAAAGUAGGCUACACGGUUUUUUAAAUAUUUUUAUGAAUGUUUUAAAAAUAAUAAAUUUUAAAACUUGAUAAUAUUUGGUAAUCUCGUCUCUAUUGAAUUUAGAUACAUUUCCAUUUUCAAAAUUGGCUUCCAUUGAGUUUUAUUUAUCACGUAAUGCAAUAUCUCACAUCUAAUUGUAUAUCCUAGAAAAGAUCCCUUUGUGAUGGUAAAUUCAAUAAGAAAACCGGCAUUAUGAUGAUUAAUAAUUUAUUACGAGAAUAGGCUCAUUCCUCUCCAUUAGUACAGUACAUCUCUAUUAGUAGUCUAUUAUUCUUAACAAUAUUUCUAGAAACUUUAUCAUAAGUGAAAGACAACAGUCUGUGUAUUAACAUAAUUUACACUUGCUCAAUCAUGCUAUUUUCAUGAUAGAAAGGAUUUUGUACCAUCUAAACUCACUAUAAAAAUGUCAAUGUUGUUUUAUUUAUCUAUUUUUAAUAUUGUUGUUAAAUUUAUAGAUGUAAAAUAAUUUAAUUAAGGAAAAUGCGAAGACAUUAACUGUCUUAUAAAAUGUGCAGCUACAUUCUUACUAGAAUCUGGAUAGCCUAUAUUCUAGUUGAAUAAUAUUUUAUGUAUGGAAAUACUGUGAAAUAUAUUUUCUAUGAAAUGUUCCAAA